CUUCAGAAGCUCCACCGAAGUGCCACUGAAUAGAAAGAAGCCAAACGGCACUUCUUUUUUCACAAGUGCGCCGUCGUCCACGGCGGCGGUGGGUGGUAGCGCUGUUGUCGUAGGCGGAGAUGGAAGUGCGAGCGCAACUCCUGCUGCAAAUGGAGGCACAUCAGACGGCACUUCGCAAGUUCCACCAGGCACUACACGAUCUGCGUCGCAGAUUGGAUUGUUCUCGGCAAGUACCGACGCGACUUCGACUUCCCCUCUUAAAACUCCGCAGCAACCCAACCAACAGAUGUGUAGUAGAAUGUACG